CCAAAUUUCGCCACCCCUCGGAGCUUCGGAGAAUGGUGGACACGACUCGGACAGUUUGAUAUCACAGGAACUUCACACUUGUUGUCGGCUUGGUUAUUCUGGUUUAGGUCUCUUAUCUCACAACACCGCAAUGUCAACCGAAGUAUCCAUGGAACGUCUGGUUCGAACGUAUCUGGCAGCCAACGGAGAUGAAGACGUGCAGGAGGUCGUUUCUGCUAUCGAGAGUGGUUCUUCUACUGUACUGCUACUGGUUCGGGCGCUUGGAGAGCCCCUGACGUCGACAGAGGAUGCGGUUAGAACAAGGGGCUUGAAUUUGCUGUCUGAAGUGCUCACUCGAAUACCGAAAGAGAAACUUAGUGAACAAGCUACUCGUGUUCUGACCAAGUUCUAUAUUGACAAGCUCGAGGAUCUGCAUGUGAUCGUACCGGCGCUUAAGGGCAUUCUCUCAUUAGAGUCUUUCUCCCACUUUGGAGAUGAGGAAGCUGUGAAAGUCUUUGAGGCACUCGUCCAAAACAUCAAGAUGCGCGCCCAUGUUCAGGCCACACGAUUCAUAGUUUUCAUGAUCAUCGAUGCUCUCCUUAAACACCGAAGAGAUGCUCUCAAGUCUCUCGGAAAUGUCUUCAUAGGAGGGUAUAUUGAGCUAGCUAAUGGAGAAAAAGAUCCACGGAACUUGCUACAGGCUUUUUCCAUUGACCGUGUCAUUCUAACAGAGUUCGAAACGAAGAGCAAAAUCGAUGAUCUCUUUGAUAUUACCUUCUGCUACUUCCCCAUAAGCUGGAAACCUCCCGCAGGAGACCCGUAUGGAAUAUCCACGGAUGACUUGCGCAAUGCCCUUCGCCAGUGCUUGAGUGCAACCUCGCUAUUUGGACCUCUCGCGAUGCCAACAUUUUUAGAAAAGCUGUCUGCUACAGUUGGAGCUGCAAAGAUCGAUACCCUGCAAUCAAUGACUGCAUGUUUCCCUAUAUACGGGCAGACUGCUCUCCAACCAUUCGCCCAAAAGACCUGGGACGCACUCCGAAUGGAAAUCUUCCAACCAUUGAAUGACGAGACGCAGGAUUAUUCCCUUAAGACGCUGAUCUCUUUCAUUCAGACAUCAUAUCCAUCGACCGAUGCACAGCUCGAUGGCAUUGCUGUGGAAAUUACGAAAGAAUGUAUCGGACUACUGAAGGAACCCGAGCGAGAUCAGGCAAAACACGCUAUCAAGACCCUGGGUGCAUUGCUCGAAUCUUCUCCAGCGGUCGCCAAGCAUGCUUGCGGACAAUCUUUAGACACGCUUCUUCGACUCUUCCGAGACCCAUCGGCAGGAUCUGCGCGUGGUGCUGUUAUGGAUGCCAUUACCGGCUUGUUAUCAAGCCUAAUGCGAGCUGCUGCAGAUGGGCUCUAUGAUGUGUCUGAAGUCUUAGCAAGCAAGAAGGAUGAACUGGUGUCUUGCUUCGUAUCAAGCAUUCGAUCAUCGUCGUUGAGACAGAAUGCUUUGAAUGCGAUUCUGGAAAUUACGCAAAUAGCUGGCCUCAUUACUACUGAAGAGAUAACCUUCAUGUGUCAAGCGUGCACUGAGAUUCUUCUCGAAGAGUCGAGUCAGGAAACACAGGAGACCCUUCUGCAAGUCCUUAAACAGUUUUCUCGAAACGCACCAAAAGCGUUGGAAGAGACUUGUCUGCCGCUUCUUUUUGCCCAACUUCCGGACGAGGCUCCUGCUCUCGAAGCAGACGAGAAGCGCGAACAUUACUGGCGAAUAUUAUCAGCAUUACAAUCGCUGUGUCUGGAGCCGGUUCUAUUUCAAGUUCUUGUCGUGCGACUUGUUACAAAGUUGGAUAUCAUAUGUUCCCUUAAGUUGGACGAUUCCCCUGAGGCCCUCAUAGAAGUAAGUGCGGCGUAUUCUCAUGCCAUCCUAGAGACUCUCCGAAAGACAAUACAAAGCAAGAUUCACGCCAAACACAACGACUUCGCGAAGUAUCUUGACCAGCUGGUUCCACGUUUGUUCAGUAUAUUUCUGCGAGCAGCUCUUUCUCCAUCAUCUGUCCGACAAAUUCCAUGCAACACAAUCUUAAUUUUGGACGCUUCCAAUAUUGUCAAUCUUCUGACGCAGACUGCAUCCUCAACCGAACAAGCCCGUUUCGUAACAAGUCUGUUCCAUGCUUACUUCAAUGGCACGUAUACCCAAAUUGCAUACGAUGCGGUGCGCAUUCCGAAAGAUGUUCCUUUCACCCCCUUUGCGACUGACGCAUCUUCGAAAUCAAAAGAUCUCGUCCCCAUACUUUGUGGUGCAAUUAUCGGACUCCGUAAAGAAGUGGACUUGUCUAUUGACAUACCGACUGCGAUGGUGAAGCGGUUUGCCGAAUGGUGCUUAUCAACAGCCGAUAGUGCGCUACAACGCGAUGCCGUCUUGCGGGCCCUUUCAACCUUAAUCAAUAAGAGACUCGAAGACAUAACACCUUUCAUGAACGAGACUCUGCCUUCUUACGGCAACGACGUGCUUUUGAAUCCGACAGUCUCCCUUCCCCGCCGACUUGUCUGCCUGGAGCUAUGGGUUUGGGUUGGGAGAGCCCUCCUCGUUCGCAGUGAUGAUUCUAUCAGGACCCUUGUGGAUGACCUCUUCGACCUCUUCCCAGAUUCGAAUAUCGCAUACGAUGCCGCACUGGCAAUCGGGAGGAUAUCGCAAGGCGGUGUCGAUGUAUUGACAAAGGAGAAUCACGCGACAAUACGGUUCCUUCACAUGCAGAAGUUUUUUAAUUUGUUAAUACCUACUCUCAUCACGGGCGCAAAGGACACGAGCGUUCCAGAUACCACCAGACAAACCCUAUACUUAGCAGCUCUGGCUGCUGUUGUUAUCAACAUUCCUCAUGCUGUUCUGAGCCAGGUUCUUCCAUCGAUUCUCCCCCUUCUCUUCCGCUGUCUACAGCUGUCGGACGCGGGUUUGCGAGCAAAUGUCGCCGAAGUCUUCGCUGCUAUUGCAGCCGACGACGUUCUUGCUUCUACAAGUCUAACAGAACAUUCUCCGAGUUUGAUCAAGGCACUUCUGGCGAAUAGCGUUCCUGUCGCAGGCGAACCCACCAGCGUCAGACUACGCGUUGCUGCUCUGAAGAGUCUUGCGGCCAUUCCAGCUGCUAUUCGAUACGAUGUCCUGCACCCAUUGAAGCCGACUGUUAUAUCCCAACUCGGAAAAGCGGUCGAUGAUCAUAAGAGAUCAGUACGCAAAGAGGCUGUAGAAGCCCGAGCAAAGUGGUAUCGAUACCAUGGUUGA